AUGACAGCGACGGCGUCGGAAGUGACGUGGGUGGUGGAGGUGACUAAGUACAAGGACGUCAGCAAGGAUGCGCUCUCCGUCGCCAUGGCGGAUCUCGAAACUGAGGUGUCGCGGGGAAACGGACCCAUCACUAUCCUUCUCGUGCAUGUCAUGACUGAGGUCCCGUGUUCCCGCGGAAUGGACCUGCCGGCGAGCGAGGUGGAUCCGAAGACGGCGCUGGAGCACGGCCGCCGCCUCGUCGAGGUCAUGCUGCGCCCGCUGCUCGCGCACGCCAAAACCAAAAAGGUGCACUGCAACGCGUCCAUUGAGCGCAACGACCGCCGCGAGCUGGGGCUGUGUGCUGCUGCGCGCCGAGCCAAGGCGCAGCGCGUCUACGUGGGCCUGCGCAAGAAGCUGCUGGGGUGGUCGACAUCAGCGUCGGCGCACUACGAAGCGGGGCUGCCGCCGUCAUGCCUGCUCGUCGUGGUGCAGGGCGCCAAGCAGCUCCAGUCGCUGCCGGGCUCGGGGGGGGACGCGCCCUUCUUCGUUGUCUCCCCCAACGCCUUCAUCUUCUGCCGCUACAACGCCCCCGCCGCCCCUGCCUCCGCCGCGCCCGCGUCCGCCACGUCGGGGUCCGCCACGCCCGACUCAGAGCACCUCUCCGCGCAGCACCCCAACCCGCACUUCAACCCGCCCUCGCUCGCCGUGCCUGGGGCGCCCGCUAUGACUGCGGCAGGGGGUAUGGGCAUUAGGGCAGGCGAGGGGGUGGCAGCAGGGCACCGCGCGUCGCCGUCGCUGUCGCAGGUGGAGGGCGCGCACGCGCUGCUGUCGCCCCAGCAUGCGCGCUCGUCCAGCGCGCGCUUCUCCCCCGCGCUGGCCGCGCUCGCCUCCGCCUCACCUUCAGGCCUGGGCGCCGUGCGGGAGUCGUGGUCGCAGGGCGCGUCGCCCAUGGUGGCGCGCGGGGGCGUGGGAGGGGCAGGGCUGGGACCGGGGAUGGGAGCAGGAGCAGGGGGGGGCGCGAGUCUAGCAGGGACAGGCAGCCACAGUGGCGGCUUCCCUGGGGUUGCUGUGGGGGGUGUAGAUGCCGCUGCAGCGGGCGCGUGUGAUGCGCCGCCACCCCUGUGCGCAGGGGCGUGCGGGGGAGGUGGGUCGUGUGUGGAGGGCUGGGGGAAGGCGGUGGCGGUGGGGGGGGAGCAGCUGCGGCCGGGAGUGAUCUACUCGUCCGUGGAGGGCAGCACGGAGGCGCCGGGCAGGCCGGGCAGCAGCAGCGGCAGCACCACCGCCUUCCCAGGCGACCUCAACGCCUCCGCGCUAUCCUCCCUGCAGGAGGACCGGCUAGCGAGUCUGAGGGCGAUGAUGCCGGUGGACGCGUCCACGGGGCACACGUCGCUCGCUGCCUCCGCGCUCUCCUCCAUGGAGCUGCCCACGCUCGCUGCUGACUACUGCCCCCCUGGCGGCGCCGCUGCUCUGGGCCGGCUGGGGGGCGCGGGGGGCGCGCAGAUGGGGGAGCCGGGGGCGGGCAGGGAGAUGGAGGGCAAUGGCGGUGCGGGUGGGGGCGGGGGCGGGGGUGGCGGGGGGGGCAUGCGGUCGCUGCUGGCAGACGAGCUGGCGCUGCUGGAUGAGGAGGAGGAGGCCGGUGGGGGCGGGGAGGAGCGGUGGGAAGGCAAGGCCGUGAGCAGCAACAGAGCGGCGGAGGCGGGUGCAGACGCACGAGGCAACGAGAACAAGUCAGAGCGCUUCCUGUCGCAGCAGCUGCGGGCACUGCAGCUGAGUGGGCCGCAGAGUGCACUCUCUGCCGACUCACCCGCAGAUGCCGUGCAUGCCGGGGCAGGGGGGGCGGAGGCAGCGCGGGCGGUGGCGGAGAUGGAGGCGCCGGGGCAGGUGGGGGGCGCGCCCAGCAACCGCUUCUCCUCGCGCUUCUCCUCCUCGCGCCCCGCCGGCCCCGCCGCCGUCUCCUCGCUGCUGCCGCCCGUCGCGGGGGGCUUCAGCACGGGCGGCGCGAGCAGCACACAGAACGUGGGGGCGCACAGCAUGGGGCAGAUCGACCUGCGCGGACUGGGGGCGGGCGGGGACGGGUUUGACUGCCGGCUGUUCACGCCCAAGCAGCUGGAGAAGGCGACUCGCGGGUACGCGCGGGAGAACCUGCUGGGGCGCGGGUCGUUUGGGUACGUGUUCAAGGGCGAGAUGCUGGGGUGCAAGGUGGCCGUGAAGCGCCUCGAGGGGCAGGGCUGGCAGGGGCCUGAUGAGUUCCGCAUGGAGGUGGAGGUGCUGAGCCGCAUGCGCCACCCCAACAUCGUGCUUCUCAUGGGCUGCUGCGUCGAGGAAAUGGCCCUCAUCUACGAGUUCCUCUCGGGUGGCACGCUACAGGACAAGCUCGGCCCGCCAAAGACGCCCGAUGCCGUGCCUCUCUCGUGGGUGGACCGGCUGAGAAUAUUCUCGGAGAUCUCGUCGGCUCUGCUGUACCUGCACCAGAACGAGCCGCCCAUCGUGCACCGCGACUUAAAGCCCGACAACAUCCUGCUGGACGCGCACAUGAUGAGCAAGAUCGGCGACGUGGGGCUGGCGCGGCUGCUGUGCGCGGAUGACGUGAUGACGAUGAAGGUGCGUGGCACGGCGGGGUACAUCGACCCUGAGGAGGUGGAGACAUGUGAGAUCAGCGUGCUCUCCGACAUCUACGCGCUGGGGCUCAUCCUGCUGCAGCUGCUCACGGGGCAGCGCAGUGUCAAGGCCGUGCACCGCAUGCUGGCCGACUGCACCACCCGCCCCGCCACGCCCGCCCAGCCCAGGGCGGCGGCGGGGGCGGAGGUGGUGCUGCGCUACCUGGACACGGCGGCGGGCGACUGGCGGCUGGACCUGGCGGAGCAGGUGGCGGCGCUGGCGCUGCGCUGCGCUGAGCGGCGAAGGGAGAGGCGGCCCGACCUGGCGGAGGAGAUCCACCCCACGCUGGUGCGCGUGGCGGCAGAGGCCAGCGCGGAGGAGCGACGACGCAAGAAGCGCAUCGACUCGCAGUUCAUCUGCCCCAUCUCCAAGGAGAUAAUGAAGGAUCCAGUGGUGGCGGCGGACGGCUUCACAUACGAGCGCCAGCACAUCACCGCCUGGAUGGCCUCCUCCUCGCUCUCCCCCGCCACGGGCCAGCCCCUCCCCCACACCUGCCUGACGCCCAACAACGUGCUCAAGAACCUCAUCGCCUCACACAAGUUCCACUGA